AUGUUCCACGGCUUCCCGGACGUGCAGUUGGCUCCGCGCGACUCCAUCAUCAACGAGCAGUUCCACCAGCGCGAUGAGGAGGGCUGUGUUGGGGCUAUUGAGCUUCCGCCCGUGCAGAACGUGCGCAUCUCCUUUUCUUCACUCACGUACCUCGGCAGCAUGGCGCAGAAUGCCACGUGCCACUACGCAGUCUUUGGUCGGCUAUGCGGUGUGCAGCUAAACGACACGAUCGAGAUCACCAAUGUGCUGCCGGCCCCCCUCGCACCCCGUCCUCCGGAGGACGAGACGAGCGACCAGCGUGAGAAGCGGCUGGCGGCGCAGCAGCGGGAGGAGAAGCGCAUGUAUGACAAACUGGGAAAGAUGCUGCAUAAGGAGGAGCUUGACAGCUACCAUGUAGGCCAGUUUACGGUGUGCAGUGCAUGCACCAACGCCCCGUACUCCGUUCGCACCGCACAGCAGCUGGCGCAGCUGGCGUUGGGCGGCCACCCGAGCGUUCUGCUCGUGUACGAUCCGUUCCGUUCCGGCCUGAUGGGCAAACUGUACCUGCGCGCCUUCGUGCCGACGCACGAAUACCUGGACUUUUACACGAAGAUCAACAGUAAGCGCAACACGCUGCGCGAAAACCGCUUGGUGCGGGACUGCCGCGUUGGUAAGAGUGGUGUACUGCGCGAGGUGAAGGUAGAGGUGGACGUGGACGAGCACCAGCUGCUGUGCCUCGAAGGCUUUAACGUCGCGCCCCUGCCAAGUACUUGCACUGCACUGCAGUCGGACACAAUGUCAGACUACAUCGCCGCUCUCCUGGAGUCUGUGCGCCACAACACGGACGAACUCACCCGUGUGCUUAGCAGCGAAAAUUACCACAGUCAAAAGGAAGAGAACUACGGUCCACUGGCACAGCGCAUCGACACCCUGCUAAAGCUUAUGCAGCUGCGUGAUCAGACACAGCACUUAGAGUCUCUCUGCGACGGAGUGCUUCUCAACACAUCGCUUCUCCGUGACCUGUGA